AUGAUCGAAUCUUUCCAAAAAGGAGAAACGCCCACGUAUAUCAAUCAUAUCAGAGCCGGAGUGAAACUCCUUGCAGAUGACCCCAAGGGCAUUCUUGUACUUUCUGGAGGACCUACCAAGAAGCCAAGAACGGAGCUCACUGAAGGCGAAUCCUACCUUAAUCUAGCCCAAGACAACAACUAUUUCCAAGAUAGCUCUGAAAGUCACAAAAUUAAUCCAUCAAGAGUCAUUACAGAGAGGUCCGCCACUGACUCAUAUCAAAAUGUUCUCUUCUCUUUGAUACGCUUUCGGCAAUAUACAGGUGUCUAUCCACAACGAAUCACUGUCGUGACACACGAGUUUAAGCGUGCAAGAUUUAUGCAGUGUCACUUCCUAGCCUUGGGGCUUGUGCCUGUCGCCUUGGGACCAGAAGGAGUUGAUAUACAGAAAGUUGCAGUGGUUGGAAUCAACCCUCCAGAGGAAGUGACUCCUUCCGAAACACUGAUUCGAGGCGAGGCAGAGAACGGGAUUGGGCUCUGGAAAAACGAUUUGUAUGGCGUCAAUACUGAUCUCAUGAAAAAACGAGUGAGGCGCGGUUGGUCUCCUGGUAUUGACACGGAAAUGUUCUCCAGUUUGGGCUUGGAAGAUGUGGUUUUGGACUUGAUUCGUAUCCAGAUACGAACGGAAUACGUUAAGAGCCACAACAACUGA